GUAAGACGUAAAACGUCGACCAAACUCUUCUGCGACAUCCAGACAUCUGUUUACUCGAAUACUGCGAACCCCGUAGGAGGCACUUCAGCUGGUCCAAGUCGGCUGCAUGGUCCACAGCGUCUACAAGGUUUCCAGAAUCAGAAAAUACUCCUCGAUGGGCUCCUUCACGCUUUCAGAGGUGGAGAUAUCUAUACAACGCUUCAUAUGUUCACAGAGACAUAUGUUCAAGGAACAUCUUACUUUGUGCAGGCAACAGGAGAAAUAUAUCGAACUUGGAAUAUGCCACAGCCUUUCUAUCCGAAGGUUCAGAAGUGAUCCCAAAACAGUACGACCCCGAGUCGCACAUGCUUUCGUAUUUAACUUCAAUUUUCCUAUUGCAAGGAAAAUCCACUUUCAUGCCACAGAAGUUCAACAUAAACGAUAUCACUUCAAAACAAAGCAAGCAGACGACUAUGAUAUCUCGGACUCAGAAUUUGACUUGUUAUUCCCGCCCCAACAGGACAUCGUGCACCGCGUCUCACGCCGUUUCUUAUCACAACGCAGAAUCGACUUUGGUAGACCGACGUGCACUCGCUGUCUACCACAGAGGCUCCGACGACUGAUGUGGAUUAAUCCACCCAACAAUUACAGGAGGAACACUUCAAUGCCCUAAGCAUUCCUAUAUGACACCGAAGGAUCUCAGGCACACUUGGACUUUCUCAGAUAUACACUAGAUGAAUAUGCUACCAUCGUACUAUGUCCUCCAACGAAUUUCAGGACGCAACAGUGGCACUCAGCGUCGUUCGCAAAGUCCUCGACGUUGCACACACAUUUGAGGCUCAGGAAAAAUUUCCUCAAUACGAUCACUUUGCAAAUCUGUUCAAACAACGGUAUUUCGAAGAAGCUCUAAACGAGGCAGCCAUGGAUACUGUCGUGGACGCUCUUGACUGUUCGAGCAGACUACAAUACAACAUUCCGUAACCUAGCUGCAUUAUUUGCCUUCGUUACAGCUGUGGGGGUUCCUCUGGAACCGGAUACCUUCA